AGGUGUUUGGGGAUACUUGGGUGCCCACGGAGACUGCAUUGGGGCCCUCAGCCUUACUACCCAACUAGACACAUAUAACCCACACAAGGUGUGGGUCAGAUUUUGUGAUCUAGGUUUUUGUUUGAAUCCCACUGCCUUUACUUCUUCCACACCAGAACCUCAGCACUUCCUGGUUCUUUGCUGCUCUUAUCUGUCACCUCCCAAAAUUGGGUGGAUUUGCAAGCUAAUAUCUGAUACAAUUCCUAUUAGGCGACGGGAGGUCCCUGAGCAAAUAUCUGCUCAUAUACAACAGUUGUGGUAUAGAAUCAUAAGUUUCAUUGUGCAGUGAGUACAUGACUCUCCCCUUCUGAGGUUGGAGCCUGACUGAAAUCUGCCAGUUUCCCCAACUCCAAUUUACAGCAAUGAUUAUCAUGCUUCCUUUGUUUUGCCAAUGGUGCUGUAUACAGUCAUAGUAAAGCCUUGUCCACACUAAAACAAAUUGAGUUUUGACGUGGCUCAGCUUCUGAGAAAUUUUUGGAGGUGCAAUUCAGUGAAGGUGUUAUUAUUGUUUAUUAGAUUUGUUAGGAAUGUAGGAGAGUCUGUCAGAAAGUUGUCAGCACCCUCAAAAAGUUAUGAUGCGGCAGAUUGGGAGAAACCAUGAUAGUUGGCAAUGAUUUCAGUGUUGAAUUAAAUUAUAACAAAAACAGAAGUAUGGACGUGAAUAAAGAUAUCAAUGAAAUGGACCCUAUUCCAUUGAAGGAUUCUUUGCAUUUAAACUCUUCCAGUAAAGAGAGCCUGAGAAAUAGUGAAACUACGUCAGGAAUGACAUUACCCACAGGCUUGUCGGGUUUUCUGCUGGAAUGUUUGGAUGAGGAUUCUACUCUGGGCUGUAAUACAGAAUCUAGUGAUGGAGCAAGUAGCUAUUCAUCACCUGAAAUAUUCAGAGAUGAAAGAGAUUUAGAAGGAAGCAGCACUAGUUCUGAAGUUUGCCUUGGGCACAGAAAUUCAACCCUCUUGGAUACCAGCAAAGCCAUCAACAUAGACAGGAUGCCACAUCUGCCAAAUCUUUCAAAGAUAUUGGAGACCACUUUAGGAGGCCAAGACCAGAGCGUUAUGAGUGACAGACAGUCAAAGCAGAAAUUGCAUUCUAAAUUGACAAAUGCUUCAACUGUAGUUGCAGGGAAACAAGUGUGCAAAGUUUUGUCUGCAAAGGAAAAAACGCCUGAAUUGCAAUCUUCUGGAGCCUCCUUGUUGUCUCUAAAACGAAAAAAGCAGACUGAUGAUCAACCUCAGAAAAUGAAAUGCAGGAAGAAAGUACUAUUCAAAAGUGGAUUAGAGAGCACAUCCUCCUCAUCCUCUCCUGAUGUAUUGAAUCCAUCUGGGAAAAGCAUGCUGGGUGCAUGUUGUGGGAUUACAGACAAAAUCUUAGUUUCCUCACUCCCAGAUACUGAUGUGGAGAUUGGUUCCAGAACAGUGAACAUGAGAAAGAAUAAAGCAUUGCUAACAAGUACAGCACUUCAACAGCCAGAAGAUUUAGAGCUGGACUUGUCAUCAGUGCACAAGGUCUCACUCAGUGAAGAUUUCUUGCUAAACACCAAUAGCUCAUAUGUAAAUUCAGAAGAAAUUGUUCCUGCCUCCUUGUCUCCAGAAAGCAUCAUUCGUCAGUGUCUGCGUAACCCACCAGAAAUUUGCUCUGUCAUAAAGGCUUCGCCUGGAUUUAGACCAUUGAACAUUCUCCAACAUCCACUGAAUAGAAAAGUAUUAUUCCCACCACCAGGAGCAACUGAAGAUAUUAUUACCAGUUCAAAAAACUGGGUCUACAAUAGUGACAGAUGAGCACUGCCGCUGGUCUCCAGAACAUGAAAGAAGAUAGUUAUGUGACAGCAGCAGGGUGGCGGGAGGGGGAGACAGAGUGGAGCACUUUCUGGAGCCCUCUACAGCAGCCUUCCCCAACUUGGAGCCCUCCAAAUGUUGUUGGACUCCAUCUCCCAUCAUCUCCAGCUAGCAGGUCAGGGAUGAUGGGAGUUGUAGUCCAACAACAUCUGGGGGUGGACCAGGUUGGGGGAGACUGCUCCACAGUUACAUUGGAUGGGCAGUAGAUUCAGUCAAAGAAAGCAAUGGACACCUAAGUCCUAUAUGAAGAAACGGGACUGAUGUUCUAUAUAUUAUCCUUAUUUCUUAUUGAUUUCAAUAGUUAUUUCUUUCAAAAUUUCCAAAAUUAUUUGUCUGUCUGUCAUACAUAAUCUUCUAAAUUGCAUCUUGUUGUUGUGACAGAGUAUUUAAAAUACUUGCCUCAAAAGACAUAGUCAGAAGUUUUAUUGCUCCCAAGAGGAAAAGUAUUUUGUUUCUUUAGGGACUGUUCUCUAAGCAUUUCUUGUUAAAAGAGAAAAAGUGGAAUUUGAGAACAUAGAAUGGUAGGAAGAGACUGAACUACACAUUUGGACUUUGUUAAGUUUGUAAUUUAAUUGUAUUUUCAAAAAAGAUACUGAAAAAUUACAGUUAAGGAAGUUUUUUCUGGUAAGUAAAAGUAAUGUCAGGAAUUGUAACAGCUUGCACCAAUGUCAUUAUUUUAGUUGAUGUUUUGUGUAUGCCACCAUCCUGUAUUGCAAAGCAAUACCAUGUUCUUAGCAGCACAUUCUUGUCAAAUCUGUGUUGAAUAUUCUUUUAGUAUUCAAUAUUUAGCAAAACUUAUUAGCCUGAUCCCUGAAGCCAGUUAAUUUCAAGUGCUUCUAUUUAAGCCCAUUUAGGACAACAGCAUCUACUUUUAAAUCUUAAUACUUUACCUUGGCUGGUCUUGUGAAACUGACUUGUAUGUGAAUAGGCCUAUGGAUAUAGAUGUGAAAAGUUAAGCUGUAGAAGAACUAGAUAGUUUUUGUUGGUGUCAUACUUCUUAAUAGAGCUACUUGCAUUUGAAUUCAAUAUGAAGUUUGAACCUUUAAGAAUGACUUAAGAGUUGCUCCGUUCCUACUUAGUGGUUUUGUGCAAGUGGCCUCUGUGAUCUGCCCACUUAGGGGAAAAAAAAGUAUCAUAUGAAAUUCUGUCAGUGACAAAAAAAAUAGCGGGUUACUGUACAUUUUGAUGUGUAACUGUUUAACAUUUUUUUAAAAAUGAAAGGUGGUGGAGAGAAACCUGCCCAAGACGUGCACCGCUGCAGAAGCAUGCAUAAAUAAAAAGCAC